CUUUAAGUGUUGCAGUAGUAAGACGAGGUAUUUGCAGAACUGUGAAAAGGUAUUUGGUUUGUGUGUCACAUAUUUCAGAUCAUCAAAGAAAGUCGAAGAUCAAAGUUUUUAGAUGUUUUCAUUUAUUCUGGGAAUAAAUCUUUUCAAGACCAACUGUCCCUAUGAUAAAAAGCAACUGAACUCCCUAUCAUAUUCUUUAAUUAUAUAUUAACUACAACUCACUGAGUUUAAUUUUACUAAAAUGGAAAAAAAUAUUCUGCAAACGCCAUCACAAAAAGUGGGACAUUUUGGGAGGUCCGACGUAGGCAAUAUGUUCAAAAGAAUUUGUAAUUGUCAUUUAUUGUCAUAAGGGAAAUAUUUAAAAAACUAAGUGCAGAACGUAAACGCCUUGUUUUGAUGACGUGCUGAAGGUAGGGGGUUAGAGUUGGAAUUUUUAGAGACAGGCCCAAUUUCAAUAAGUCAAAUGUCUUGUUAUAUGUGACGUACAUUUUUGUAACUGAAGGUAACAGUUACUUGAAAGUGCCAUUUUUUAGCACAGUGUGCCUGGCAAAUGUGUAAUACCGCCUAUUUAAACGAUUCAAUUAUAAUAUCGUCAAACCAACAUUAAAAAAAACAAUUCAAGCAGCAAAGGUAACAAUCCCAAAGAAGCUAGCAGUUUGGGUGGAUAUUUGUAAACAUAAUUAGUUUAUUAUUGGUGCAGUAAAUAAAACAUCCUAUUUUUACGGGAAAAUAUUGUUAUUCAUGAUAAUAAUUAAUUGUGCAAUAAUUAUCCAUCCUGUUAUUGCGCGUCUCAUUGGAAAGCCUGGAGAAGAGGAGACGUCCUCAAGUAGGAACCAAUAAAAUGUGACGUAGAAGACCUCGUUUCCUCACGGAUUAUUUUUGUUGAUGCGCUUCGAUACUUCAGCGCUAUAACGAACAGAAGUAACUGUUUUUAACGGUAAAUGUCCGUGUUGCCAAGUUAUAUCAGUCUGAGUAGCUGCUACUGUUGCAUUUGAAGCCUGAAAAACCACCACAGCUGAAAUGUCUGACUGGUGUCCAAUAGCGAAAGACUAUAACCCCCUGAAAGCUGGCAGCAUCGACGGGACAGACGUGGAGCCCCAUGACCGGGCGGUAUGGAGGGCCAUGUCUGCCCGCUAUAAGCCCAACAAGGGCGUCGUUGGCGACCCGCUGCUCACAUUGUUUGUGGCCCGCUUGAACCCCCAGACAACUGAAGCCAAGUUGCAGACAGUGUUCUCAAAAUAUGGAGACAUACGGCGGCUCCGGCUUGUUCGGGACAUCGUUACGGGUUUCUCCAAAGGAUACGCCUUCAUAGAGUACAAGGAGGAGCGGUCCGUGAGUCGGGCCCGCCGGGACGCCAACAAGCUGGUGGUGGACCAGCACGAAGUGUUCGUGGACUUCGAGCAGGAGAGGACUCUCAGAGGAUGGGUACCGCGGCGCCUCGGGGGCGGUUUGGGCGGCAAAAAGGAGUCCGGACAGCUGCGUUUCGGCGGCAGGGACAGACCCUUCCGCAAACCGAUAAACCUGGGUCCCGGGGCCACGCAGGAGCGUGGACUGGGGGAUAGAGACCGAGGAGAGCCGAGAGCCAGGGGGGACAGACGCCGGUACGGAGAGAGCGACUGGGACAGUAGAGACAGAAGAGAUUACCGGGAGAGAGACAGGAGUGAUCGCAGACACAGAGACUGGAGAUGAUGUUUAUGCUGUUUAUAGGUAUUUUAGACUAAAAUACCAGACUGUAAAAUGCCAGGUCGUCUUUAAAGAACAGAUUGCUUUACCUAAUGUGCAAUAAUUUCAUUUUUCCCUUUUAAAAACAUUUUUUUGUUGUUAAAAAUACUUAUUGGGCUCUUCAAACUCAAUAGGAGUCCAAUUAUAUUUAUUGUAUAAUAGCACCUUGUACAUUACAUCCAAGUUGUCCACAUGCAAAGAAGUAAAAGUUUCUUUUUCAAUUCUGCAAGUCAGAAUCAGUUUUUCUCCAUUCCUGUUUCAAUAAGACCGUUUAUUUCAGUUCUUAUAUUUGCCAGUUUGCUAACGUUGACACAAAGGUUUUGAUUUUUGCUAACAAGGAUUGUAAAGUGUUUUAAACCAUGAUUGUAUGACACAAGAGUAUAAAGCCCCCCCAGAGAUCCAAAUAAAAUAAAAUAAGUAAAC